AGUCAGGUCGGCCGUCUUCUUUUGAACCCGUGCCUUAUCUGCUCCCUUCCCCAGGAAGGCCACCUCUCGGAGAUCCACGCGGUCACCUUCAGUCCAAACUCGGGCCUGCUGGCCACGGGUGGCACGGACAGGCUGAUUAAGCUUUGGAGUGUGGCUGGAGGCUGCCUGGAGAAGAAGGAAACCUUCGACGGAUCCAGCGGCAGCAUCACCAGCCUUGCCUUCGACCCCUUGGUGAGCACGCAGUCGGUUGG